AUGAGGAAAGACAAACGCACAGCCGCUGCAUGUGUCCGUAGACACCGCAAAGUUCGCCGAGUAGACUCAAUCAGCUCUCUACCGGAUGAGAUCCUCCAACAUAUCCUCUGCUUGAUCCCGACCAAAUUAGCAGUCUCAACUUCGGUCUUGUCCACACGAUGGAGACAUGUAUGGUGCAAUACACCUUCCAUCUCCUUGGAGAGCUCUGCAUUGCGGGCUGCUUCGAGAAUGGAAACACAAAAUCGCUACACAGCUCCGAAGAUGAUGAGUUUACACCUUCGAACCGGCUUGCAGGAGAAUGUUAGACACGUCAACACGUGGAUCGAGUUGGCCUUGUCCCGCCAUGUGGAGAAUAUGAACGUGGAACUUCAGUAUAAUGAUCAUAACUAUGAUCUUCCGGAUUCCUUGUACAUCAUUUCCUCUGUCAAGGAGCUCAGAGUUGAGUUACACCUUACUCCAAUGAUUCUGAAAUGCUCCGUUUCUUGGACAUCCCUGAAGAAGUUGUCUUUACGUUCAUGUAUUCUCUCUGGUAACUCCAUUGCUAUGAUUAUGUCUGGCUGUCCGAUUCUCGAGUUCUUGAAACUGGAUUUGUGCGAAGACAUGCGGGUUCUUGAUCUCAGCAAUUCGCUGCGUCUGAGGACAUUACAAGUAUUCGGCCCAUACUUCCGGGAUCAGAGUCCAAGGAAGAUUGUUGCACCACAUGUCCGUUUUCUCAAACUAAGAAACUCUCUGUUACUAUGCACUUUAGGUGAUCUCUCCUCUUUAGCCGAAGCUAAACUGAACAUUUCCUUUCACGCACUUCAGAGAAUCAAUCCUGAUUCUGAUUCUCUUGGAGCCAUGGUGGUAAAGAUGGCAGAAAUGCUAGAAAAGUUGAAGAACGUAGAGAAGCUUACUUUUGGGAGUAAUUUCCUUGAGGUAUGUAUGUUUGGCCAUAGUCUUGCAUAUUUCUCUAAUGCCUAG